GUUGGGACAGUCUUAAAAUGUUGACACGUCGAUAAAUGCAUGGAUUUCCCUCUGAUUUGCCAUCUGGUGCAUUUGAUACGGUGACACUUUUUUCAGAUCUAUGUCAGGCGGCGCCAAUCUUAUCAAGGAGCCGGAAACCAGUAUUUCAAUUACCGGAACUUCUGACGUUGCUUUGCUAGCAGACCCGAGGACAGCAAAAAUGGUCGGUGUUAAUAAAAAAUUAAUUGGCUGUGCCCUUGGAAUUUUCGUCUGCUAUUUUUAUUAUGGUAUUCUACAAGAAAAGAUAACAAAAGGGAAAUAUGGAGAAGGAGAAAAGAAUGAGAAAUUUGUAUAUACUUUAUCUCUAGUAUUUGUACAGUGUAUAAUUAAUGUGUGUGCUGCUUAUUCAGGUAAAAGAAUAUUUCAAAAGGAAGCAGACAGUACACCUGUAAAACUAUAUGUAGCUUGUUCAUUAACAUAUCUGGGUGCCAUGUUGGCUAGUAACCAUGCCUUACAACAUGUCUCAUAUCCUACACAGGUAUUAGGGAAGACAAUUAAGCCCAUACCUGUAAUGAUAUUAGGAGUAUUAAUAGCCAGGAAGAAAUAUCCAUUAGUUAAAUAUUUAUUUGUUAUAAUGAUAGUUAUAGGUGUGGCAUUAUUUAUGUAUAAAGAUAAUAAGGCUAGUGCUAAAGAUAAACAUGAAAUGGGUAUAGGAGAAAUACUUCUUUUGGUAUCUCUAACACUAGAUGGUUUAACAGGAGCUUCACAAGAUAAAAUGAGAUCUGAACAUACUACUAAAGCCUAUAGUAUGAUGUUUUAUGUUAAUCUAUGUUCUGUAAUCUGGUUGGCUAUAGCUUUAUUACUAACUGGAGAAGGUUUUGCGUUUAUAGGUUUUGCAACUCGCUAUCCCAUAGUACUGUUUAAUUUAUUAUCAUUUAGUAUAGCGAGUGCUAUCGGUCAGAUAUUUAUAUUUACAACAGUUACAACAUUUGGUCCAUUAACCUGUUCAAUUGUCACAACAACUAGAAAAUUCUUCACUAUUUUAGCAUCUGUUUUAUUGUUUCAAAAUCCUAUGUCUAGUAAACAGUGGAUAGGCACAGUAUUUGUGUUUGUAGGCCUAGGACUUGACAGUGUCUACGGAAAAGAGAAAAAGAAAAAAUAAGAAUGGUGUGAUUUAGAAAAUUUUAAUUAUUUGAUAGACUUGGCAACAGUUGAAGAGAAUUUGACACAAGAAAAUGAUGUUAUUAAGUAUAGAUAUAAAGUUUGUUAAAUGAUCAAAAUCAAAAUCAAACCCGUUCCAUAUAUUUUAUAGCAAAAGUAGAUUAGCAUUAAAAAGUAUACCCAAAAUACGAACAACAUUGAAUGAUUAUUAUUAAUUUCCUUCAAAUUUUUGAAAUAUAUAUUUCUUUGACAGUCAAGAGCCUUAAUACAUUACCAUUGAUAAUAUAAUACAUUACAUACUGAAAAAAUAAUAUAUUUGUUACUUUAAAAGCAUUGUAUCUUGCCAUAUUUUCAAGUCAAUUGCAUUUUAAAUAAUACUGUGAUGCAGGAGGCAUUAUGAAUGACAUGUUAAUCUGAUUGUAAGACAACUGGUUGAUGAACAUUCUAGCUAGUGUGUAGGGACAACAAGUAUCUCUAAGAUUCAAAUUACAACUCAGUUGAUGUUGUAAUACCUGUAAUUAAUUUAUUUUUUGGGUAGGGUUUUUUUUUGCGAUUUUAAUCUAUAAUUCUGUUUUUCCUAGUCCUAAAAAAUAGCAAACUUUCAGUUAAAAAUAAUUUUAGUAGUCUAAAUAGGUGACCUAAUUAUAUCUUAAGAGAAAUUAGAAAUUUAUUUUAUGUUUUAAUUUGGCUGUUUCGUGCAUUUACAUUCCACUGAUCUUACCUCAAAUAGCUCUAAAUAUCUCAGUUAUAACAUAGAUAUUGUUGUCAGCUGACUUGACUAUAUUGUACAUGUCAUGGUAAUAGUGCUGAAGUUUGGUUUCACUUACUUCACUAAAGCAAAGAUGUUUGGGUCAACUCACUUGGUUAACAAUUGGAUUAAGACUACAUCAGGUUAUAGCACAACUUUUUUAUAUGAUACACAAAGGUGGAACUAUAAUGUUGUUGGCAAACAAUGAACUGGCCAUUGGUCUGGUUGCGUGAGAUGCAUGUUGCAGGCUUCAUAUUUUCAAUAUGAUAUAAAAACAUGGUUUGCAGCUUCUAGGUUGAUGCAACCGGAAGAAAAUGUUGUUUGCAGCAGAAAAUUUGAAUGUCGUGCCAAAAGUCUAUUCCUACAAAUAGUGAAUUGACAGAACAUUUUGUUCACUCGAUUUUAAAUUAUGUUCUUCAUCCGAUUAAACCAUAAUGGGCUACUGCAAUUGGUUUACAGCACAAUCACAUGAAAUAGUCCUUAAAUUGACUCCUUUCUGCCAAACUGUAGCACCAUGACAGUUGUCUUUGUCGCAUCUAGUGAACAUUGGUUUUGUAGUGAAUUAUGACACAAUAAUAAGGUUUUAGUGUAUGUAAAUAUUACAUACUUUAUUACUUAUUUGAUAAUGGUUUGUUAAAAUAUCUUUAUUGAAAAUUUCAGAAGUUUUGUGUUGUUUUUUGUAUAUAAUUUAAGUGUUGUAUAUCUUUUUGUAUUGGUAUAAGUGAAUAUCAGUAUUUGUAAAUAGAGGAUAUAUAUUUUAAAGAGAAGAAUAUGAUCAUGAUAGCAACUAUAUAUCAUUUUAAUUAUGUUUCAAGAUAUCAGUGCUCUAUUAGUAUAAUAUUACAUAGUAAAAAUUAAACCUUGUUAAUGUAUAAAUAUACACCCUAGAACAAACUCUGCAAUUAUUUUUCAUGAAAUUGUUGAAAUUUUCCUUUCACAAUGUUGGUGGACAUUUAAUGAUAAUCCCCGAUCAUUCAUCUUGGGUGAUAUAUAGACUUGUUUAAUUACAAGGCUAUAAAUCAAUUUUAAUUGUAAUUUUGUUUGCUAUGUAGUUAAGUUUGUAAAAUCAUGUCAUGGUAAUUAAAGAAGUUAAUAUUUAGGAGCUGAAAUUAUCAUUUUAUUUCAAGAUAAAUAAAUUCUCUUGUUUAUAAA